AUGCAUAUGACUCUUAGGAAAACGUCUGGGCCCCAUCCUCAUCUGAUCAAUCUUCUAUUUACCUAUAAGGAGGGGUCCAAGUUUCACCUGGUAUUUCCAUGGGCAGAUGUGAACCUACGAACUUAUUGGAGUAGAAUCCCACUCAAACAGAUUGAUUAUCACAAAGUAUUGUGGUCGUUGAAGCAAAUGACAGGCCUCGCAAGCGCGCUCUCUUUGAUCCACGGGUUUCAGCUGCUGGACGAACGUCAGCCUGGUCGUUAUUUCGGACGUCAUGGUGAUUUGAAAGCAGAGAACAUUGUGUGGUUCCCCUCUUAUCCCGGAUGUACUGACUCGGACGGAAUAUUGCAAAUCACGGACUUGGGCCUGGCUAGUCUUCAUAGCAUCGGAUCGGUAUCCAAUGGUGACCCGGCUGGCAUGCUUGGUACUAAAACUUAUAGGCCUCCAGACAAUCAUCGCAACCUGCGCAUAUCCCGGAAGUGGGACCUUUGGAGUCUUGGCUGUCUAUAUUUGGAGUUCAUUACCUGGAUAGUACUUGGGUUCGAUGCUAUCGUGGAGUUUGCCGAGCUUCGCGGUGCCGAAGGUGGAGAGACGGAUGAGUUCAGCGAAGAUUACUUUUACACGACCGAUCUCAGAGACGUACGGCCAUCAGUGAAGGCAUGGGUAACCCGCUUAUCAGAAGAUGAACGAUGUUCUGAUAUGCUUUAUGAUCUCUUGUGUUUGAUCAUGCGGGAAAUGAUUCGCAUCGAGCCUAAGGACCGAAUCGACUCUCAGCAACUCCACUACCAAUUACUUAACCUCCUUGAACAAGCAGAGAGUAAUGGGACCUAUCUCGUCAGGGCUAGUGAAAGAUCUCCAAUCUGA